AUGGUCUGGUUCAGCCAAGUCCAGGCUUUUAGCCUGGCUUUCCUUACACAACAAGUCACGGCCCAGUCUAACCUGUAUCCUGAGGUCGACUCAGAAAGACUGGCAAGUGCCCUCAACAUCAGCGGCAGUUGCUUGGAAGCCUUGAACAUGACGGUUGACUGCGACCAGACGCUUCUGUCCAUGGCCGGCAGCGUGGACGACUACCUGUGGGACGUCGACAAUGUCACGACGCUGUGCACCAGCGACUGCUUGUCUUCUUCCCAGACUUGGUUUUCCACAGUCUAUGACAGCUGCUCUAGCGAUGUAUUGGUCUUCUUGGGAAAGCAAGUGCCAGCAUACACCAUCCCUGGCCGAACGCUGGACGGCCUCAACAUUGCCUGUCUGGCGCCAACCACCAACGUCAGCGCGGAUCCCGGCGUUGCAGCCAGCAUCGUGACUUACACCAACGUCACUUCAAACGGCACGGAUGACUCAGACGACUCUUCCUCCUUGGAGACACAACAAUCGGCUACAGUGUCUCUGUCUUCGAGUGGGUAUUGUUUGAUUGACUCCUACAACUGGGUCGGUUCGGACAUCAUUCGACCGGACUGUUCUUUGGCUAGCAACGAGAACAACAGUCAAUGCAUCGAUCCCACGGAUGUUUCAGCUGAAAACGAGCGCCUCGCCAACCUGUAUUCCAACGACAUUUUGUGUGAUGCGUGCUUUGUCAACAUGUUCUUUUUGCGCUUGGCAUCCUCCUACCUACCGGAUACCGACUAUUCCGACCACCUAAUUCUGCAGUACUACGACAUUCUGGAAACAUGCAACAUCACAGGAAUGCCUGAAUUGAUCAUUCGCGAAGAUCCAGACUACCUUGAUGCUCCGGGAUACGUCGAUGGUAUGCUCACCAACACAAGCAGCCUGCAGCCUUUCCCCGAUAGUAUCUCCAUCAACGUACUGCCCAACAGCGCGGCCAGCUUAAACAGCACAUGUGCUGGCCAGAGCCUCACCUACAGCCAGGUUUCUGGAGUGGCAGAUGCAGUGGCUGAUGCCGAUUUAACAUCUUUCUGCGAUGCUCUUUCAGUGGCAUUCAAUGUUUCUACUGGCGAUCUUUAUCAAGCCUUCCAAAACAUCGGCUGUGAUGUCGCCUCAUCGAAUGCCACCAAUAUCACUUGGUGUCUUCCUGAGGGCUGUUCAGUUUACCAGUCUCCAGACAACAGUAGCUGCACCGCAGCUGUCCAGUCCGUGUCGACGGCGGAACACAACAUCACCGUGCAACAGCUAGUUCAGUACAACCCCAACCUGCAGGGAACGUGUGAUCAGUUGGAGCAGCAGUAUCUUUGCAUCACGCCGCCUGGUGGUGCCUAUGUCCCACCGCCGACCAAUGUGUCCUCGACUGGUGCCGGUGAACAGCAACGAGGCGGUGGUGAUGGAGGCUCGACCAGAAACCAAACCAUAACCACUGGAAAUCCCACUGUGAAGGUUUCCCCUGGCGGCACCCCCCCCUCGCCGACGCAGCUUGGUAUCAAUGCCGACUGUGUCGUGUAUAGCAAUGCCUCUGUUGGUGACACCUGUGACGAGUUUGCUGAAGAGCACGACAUCAACCCUGCGGAUCUCUUUGCAUGGAACAAAGUGUUGGGCACGGAUGGUGCCUAUUGUACGACCGAGUUUUGGAGCGGCUACUGGUACUCGCGUCAAUGCCCGCAGUGCCCCUCUCCCACGCAGUCCGGUAUCGUGUCGUCCUGCGACCAGUAUGCCCAGGCGGCUUCAGGUGACACUUGCUCUUCUUUUGCCGCUGAUCACGACAUAACGGCGUCCGACCUAUACCAGUGGAACAAGCAACUCGGCACUGAUGGCACCAACUGCUCAACCGAGUUCUGGGCUGGCUACUACUACUGCAUCAACGCUGGUAUGGUGCCCUCUAAUUCUGUUUCGUCUCCGGUCUCUGCUACCUCCACGUCUUCGUCGUCGACCCCUGCUCCGACACCCACGCAGUCCGGUAUCGUUUCCAAUUGCAAAAAGUACGCUGAAGUGAGCAGUGGCGACACCUGCUCUAGUUUCGCCUCGGCCAAUGACAUCACCGAAGUAGACCUCUACACCUGGAAUACCCAACUCGGAGUCGAUGGAGAGGACUGCUCUACUGAAUUGUGGUCUGGUUAUUACUACUGUGUUAGCAUAUAA